AAUUAACCGAAAGAAUGAAAAAACAAAUUUGACGAACGAAACAUCAUCGUGUAAAAGCUAAAAGGGAAUUCAUCAUCCACAUUUCAACAGAAACCCCAUUCAGUGCUUUACGAUUCUUAAUUAGGAGUGUGAGAUGCACUCACUUGUCAGCUGACUAUCCAUCACUCACGAUUUUAGUAAAUAACCAAAUAUCAAAAUGAAAAUGUGAGAUUUUGGUUGUUCUGUUUGCGAAAAAAUAUUCUCUUAAAAAAUGUACAUGUUGGACACUAAAAUAGCUAUAAUGGAUAACAAAGAAAGUUCAAAUUUGCUGCAACAUUCUGAAAACUUAAGUCUAUCCGACUUAGAACUACCCGAGAUAGAGCACCAAAGAAAGCGAAAAGUAAGAAGAAAAACAAGACCAAAACUACCAACGGGAAGACAAAGGAUCGAAUCGACAACCUAUGGCCAUCGAAAUAUCAUCCUACUGGGAACUGUGUUCUUCAUUACAUCGUGUUGGUUGCUAAUCCUCUCCUACACUAUGUCAGUAAUCCACAUAGAGAAUCAGCGAUUACAAAGUGAAAUUAAAAAAGUUUCUGUGAUAAGCCAAAAUCUUCCUGAAGAAAUGCAAAAAUGGCAUGAGAAGUCAUCUUUUUUGGAGAAAAACCAAAGUAUAAUUUACGAAAAACUUAAUGAAAUACAAAUAGCUAUAGAAAGCUUAAAAACAAAUUUCACGAAGUAUGCUGCACGAGCAGACAGUCGAAAUGAAUAUUCCAAAGAUGAUAAGUUUGUUGCCGAUCUCGGUGCAAAACUUGAAGCUGUUGCCAGUGAUAUGGAAAUAAUAAAAGAUCAUUUUACCACUGUCCAAAAGAAUCAAUCCAUCUUACAAGAAGACAUCGAUAAAUUAGGGGUACGUUUCAAUGACAUAUCCAACCAUAUCCCAGAAAAGAGUAAAGAUGAAGACGUGUGCUUGCAAAAAGUUCAAAGCCUUCAAACACGAUAUGAGAAUGAAAUUAAGAGUGUAACUGCAAAUAUAAGUAUUGUCAAUGAUACACUUACUCAAAAAUCAGGCAUAAUAAGCGAUGAACUUUUAGUGCAUAAGACAAAGAUAGAUGACUUGAUGGACAAAACUGCAAACAUUACCUCACAUGUUAGUUCGAUAAAAAAUGAUUGGACCAAAUACAAACAGCAAAUUGUUGAUUGUGAUGCCAAAGUUGAGAAUUUUGAAAACUCCAUGUCUCAAAUUGUUAAUAAAACGAAUAUUUUGGAAAAAUCUAUUCAAGAAGUUCGUUUAAAUUGUUCUCUUAGCGAUGGAUUGGGUCGAAAUUGCAUCAAUUUGACCGAUACAACCCCGCAAAUCAAUAAAACUAAUGGAUUGAACGUGAAAUAAGUUAAAUCACAAGAAAAUUUAUCAAAUUACAAAAACUUUAAAUUAAGUUUUGAGUAAAUUCGUUUCGUAGAAUAAUUUUUCCAGUGAAAUUUUCAAAUUGUUCAUUCAAAAAUUGAGCUUGAAAAUAACGACAUUUUUGAUAGAAAUUUCUUGUUUGUUAUUGCAAAUAAUUGAAUUAAUAAUUGUUCAUUUCACAAUUUGUA